AUGAAAAUAAUCUUUUUAGUUUCUCUCUAUGACACCUUCUUUGUCCCAUUUGUUAGAAAAUUCACCGGCCAUGAGUCUGGAAUCUCACCUUUGCGCCGAAUAGGCUUUGGUCUUUUUCUGGCUACCUUUUCUAUGGUUGCAGCUGCUCUGUUGGAGAAAAAGAGAAGGGACGUAGCUGUGAACCAUCACAAAGUUUUGUCCAUCUUUUGGAUAACCCCACAAUACUUGAUCUUUGGCUUGUCAGAGAUGUUCACAGCCAUUGGCCUCCUUGAGUUCUUUUAUAAACAGUCCUUGAAAGGGAUGCAAGCAUUCUUUACAGCCAUCACAUAUUGCUCUUACUCAUUUGGCUUUUACUUGAGCACACUUUUGGUUUCUUUGGUCAAUAAGAUCACUUCAACUUCUUCUUCUUCAGCUGCUGGCUGGCUUCACAACAACGACCUUAACCAAGACAAGCUUGAUCUUUUCUAUUGGUUACUGGCUGUCUUAAGCUUCCUCAACUAUCUCUUUUGGUCCAGACGCUAUUCUCAUGCUCCUUCUGCACUACCCCAACCUAAUAAUGCCAAGGAAAUCAACCCCUACUCACAACUACAUGAUCGCCAUCACAAUAAUAUUAUUCCAUAGAUAUAUAUAUACUCUUUUCAAAAUAUUAAUUAUUUUAUAGUUACUGUAAAGAAUUAUAUC